UUAUACAUAAGAGCUUCUUCUGCUGCACUAGGUGUUGACCUUAAGACUCUUGAAUAUACACUUGAUAAGAAAUAUAUAGCAUGGGUGGAGAAUCAAAAUGGGUGCAAGAUAUUGGUAAUAAGGUCGGAUAAUAAGAAGGAAUACAUUUUUGACAUAUUUAAUAAGUUUUGUGAACAA